CUAAACAAAUCGGAGAUAAUUAAAGAAAGUUUUUGUAUUUCAAAAAAAACAAGAUCUCUGUUCUGUUUUGACGCCAAUAUAUACAGACGCAUCAAUUCCUGCAUAUUUAUACGCAUUCUUAAUUCUUCACACCAAACGGUGAGAGACAGAUCAACGAUUUGGAGAGGAGAGUAAUGGCAUCAUUCGACGCGUACAGUGUGAACGGCGACGCGUCGGCGCGUCCAUUCGACAACGGCGGGUACACCACCUUUGAUGAUUCCUACUCCGUCUUUUCCUCAGCCGACGCGCCGGAUCUUCAUGCCAACGGCCACGAUCCGUUCGGAUUCGGGUCAAGUGAUCAACCAGUCGGAUAUUCCGGCACGAUUCCUAUCGCUAAUGGCAAUGGGAGCUCUCCCUUUGACAUUGGGGGAGACUCAGAGGGGAUUUUCAGCUCCGACGGACCGAUCCUUCCGCCUCCAGGUGAUAUGCAGGAAGAAGGAUUUGCUCUUCGGGAGUGGCGGAGGCAAAAUGCUAUUCGACUGGAGGAGAAGGAGAAGAGGGAACAAAAUAUGCGGAGCCAAAUCAUAGAAGAAGCUGAAGAAUAUAAACAAGCGUUCUUUGAGAAAAGAAAGCUAAAUAUAGAGACAAAUAAAACUACCAACCGAGAAAGAGAAAAGUUAUCCCUGGCCAAUCAAGAAAAGUUCCACAAAGAGGCUGGCAAACAGUACUGGAAAGCCAUCGCAGAACUCGUUCCCAACGAGGUGGUCAAUAUUGAGAAGAGAGGAAAAAAGAAGGAUCAAGAUAAGAAGCCAUCAAUCACAGUCAUUCAAGGGCCCAAACCUGGUAAACCAACUGAUCUUUUGAGGAUGCGUGGAAUAUUGGUGAAACUCAAGCACAAUCCCCCAGCCCACAUGCUACCGCCCCAGCCUGCUCCUGCCAAGGAUGGAAAGGAAAACAAGGACGUGAAAAAUGCCAAAAAUGCUUCUCCUAAUCCUGCCAAAGAGUUGACAGUCACCCCCGCCAAAAGUUCUGUGCCAGACGGUGCUCCACAAAUGGGGGAAGAACGUGCUGCUCCUGCCACUGAACAGCCGCCUAAAUAACGGGAUAAAGUGUUGAUUUUUCUAAAAUCCAAUUUUCUCAUCAAGACUCAUUCUUUUACCUUUCUAUCUCUGCCAUUGCAUUUUCAGUGAUGCAGGGAUGUGGAAUUUUACCUCUGUAUCCAGCAUUUCUUUGUUGUUUGAUUCAUGAUGUUUGUUGCUGUAAGCCUAGUGUUGAACUAUCUCGGUAUCGUAUUCAUAUUCAUUCUUCCUAUA